AUGGACGCGAUGCAGCUCUGGAGCCUGCAGCCGGGGGUGGUGACCUACCAAGUCUUGCUGCCAGCCAUGGAGGCGGGUGGCGGCUUUGUGCCACAGGGCCUUUGGCCUUCAGAGCCCCGGCGCCAGGUGGAGGCCUUGGAGCUGCUGGAGGCCACUGGAGGGGUGCCCGUGCUCGCCCCCGCGAAGUUCGCCAAGAUGGUUUACCUGCCUCGCCUGUUCCCUGCCCUUCGGCAGCUGGCUGCAGGGUCUUCGGCACCAGGUGGUCCGCGGUUGCACGAGCCGCAACUCGAGCAACACUUUUCCUUGGGGGCGCUGUUCACCUCGGCAGCCCUUCAGGACCUGGACAUGGAUCGCUCAAGCCCUUGGCUGGGCAGUGCCCGGAACUUCGCCUGGAAGGCCUUCAUGCGCGCUGAGAUCCUCAGGGUCUUCUGUGGUGACGGCUGCAGAACCAAGCGCUGCAGGCAUUGCAGCCUGGGCCUGCGGCCCAGGGACCAGGCGGAUGCCCUAUUACAAGUGAACCAUGCCAUCCCCAACGCGGUGAAUGAAGCGCGUCGCACACCAAGUUUCUUCAUCACUUUGAUCUGCCUGAACCAGGCACUGUCGCUCUACAUUUGCUAG